AUGAACACAUCCUAUGCUCUUCGUCGCCAAGAAAUCGUUGGAGCCCUUGUAGCUCCACGGGUGUUUGCAGAGUUUCACCGAAUCAACAACAUUAACCUGCGCAAUCAAUUCUACAAGGAGCUGGACAGACACACGCCUAAACUCAUCACCUUGUUCAGAGACAAGGCUACCAAGACUGGCAAGAUAGCGCAGGAGCUAGCCAAGCUCAUAAGGAUUUAUGACUUUCAGGAACAACGUGAUAUAAAUAUGAGACGGGCCCUCGUCCUUCGUGCACUUCCUGUCUACUUGCGUGAAGAUGCCUUCAAGUUCUUCAGGACCUGCAACUCAGCAGAUGGUCCAGACCUCACUGACACUCCAUUGGCUCUCCUGACAGUCGUCAUGGAUGACACUACUGAUGCGUCCCUCCUCAGCCCUGAGAGCAUCUGUAUUGUCGUGGAGGAUGAAAUACUUGACAACAAACCACUGAAAGGGCGUCUGCUGACGCUGAAGAAUGAUUUGUUCAGCUGUAGUGGUUACAAAUUAAUUAAGGAGCAAAAGACCUGGCGUGAUGCUCAAACCUACUGCAGAAAGAACUACAUCGACCUGGUCAGUGUGAGGAACCAAACUGAGAACGAGAACAUCAAGAAUGUGAGGCAGAAUUCCUCUAAUGAUUAUGUUUGGAUUGGUCUGUUUAAUGACUCCUGGAAGUGGUCAGAUCAGAGUAAUUCCUCAUUCAGAUACUGGAGCUCUAACAAACCCAGUAAAGAUUUGAAAUGUACUGCAGUCAACGUGUCUGAUCAACUCUACUGGAGUGAUGUGGACUGUACAGAAAACCUUCCGUUCAUCUGCCACCAUGAGAAUAAACUUGUAUUGAUUAAGCAGAAUCUGACCUGGAGAGAAGCUCUGAGAUACUGCAGGAACAAUCAUUAUGACCUGGUCUCAGUGCUCACUCAGGAGAUGCAGGUCUGGGUGAAGGAAGUGGCUCAAGACGCCUCCACUGAACACGUGUGGCUCGGACUGCGUUAUGACUGCAUCCAGAGUAUCUGGUUCUGGGUUUUUGGAUCAUUGAUCUGCUUCCAGGACUGGGCCCCGGGGAACGGGAACGGGUUCGAAAUCUGUACAAAUGAGGAGAGAACCGGAGCAGUUCAGUCUAGAGGAGAGCAGCAGUGGAUCAGCCUGCCUCAGAGCAACACACUCAACUUCAUCUGCUCUAACUAUUAA